AUGUUACUUAUAUUACAGUUGAAUUGUUUAUUAGAUAAUAUAUUAAUAACAAUUGAUUAUAAUUCAAAAACAAACUUAAAUGAUUCAGCGAUUUUAUUUAUAUUUAAUUCAACACAUGAACUCGAAAUAUUAACAUUAAUGAAAGAAAUUUUUCUUAAAUUAAAAAAUUCACCAGUUGAUCCAAUUAAAUUACAUGCUAUAAUGAUUAUAGCCAAAAUACUUAAUGAACAAGAUAUUCAACAUUUAGAUCAUAUUGAUGAAUUAACAUUGGUUUUUAUAAAUUAUUUAUCUAAAGCUGUUAAUAAUCCAUGCCAUGCUUUUCAAGAUCUUCAUGUUGAACAUUUAUUAGCAUCUUUAAAAAAUAAUUUGUAUUCGAUGGAAUCGAAAUCAGUAGCGAUCAUUGGAGCAGGUUCUAGUGGUUUAGUAGCUGCCAAUGUACUUUUGAAAGAUGGUUUCAAUGUGACAAUUUUCGAACGAGGACGACAUAUUGGUGGUGUUUGGUGUGAAGAUGUUGCUUACGUCGAUUUACAUAGUCAACAAUUUGGAGGUACAAUAGAAUUUUCUGAUCUAUUCGAUGGCGAAGAAUAUGCUUCUUGGCAACAUAUUCAUGAUUAUUUAAAACGAUAUGCAGAUCAUUGUCAUCUUACUGAACGUAUUAAAUUUCAAACACGUGUCAUCGAAAUAAAUAAGAAAAAUUUGAAAGAUGAAAAUAUUCCAUGGCAAAUCAAAGUUGAAAAAUUCGAUGGUCAAUAUGAGAUGUAUGAAUUUGAUUUUCUAGUCGUAGCUACUAAUCUUUUCAAUGACCUAUAUAUGCCAUAUAUACGUGGUCAAGAAAAAUUUACUGGAACCAUUAUUCAUGGUUAUAAUAUAAAAUCGCACGAACAACUUAUUGACAAACGUGUCGUAAUAAUUGGUGGUGGUAAAUGUGCUACAGAUUUAGCUUCAACAUGUAGUUUGUAUGUUCGUAGUUGUCACCUUGUUUUACGACGUGCUCAUUGGAUGUUACCACGCACGAUUGUAGGUGGUUUAUUAUCUGCACGAUAUUUUCUUACACGUCUUGUUUAUAACCUUUUUGAGCCAUUUCCUGGUGCACCUCAUUCGAAACUAUUUCGAUAUUUUCAUCGUACAUUUCCACGCUUCUCUACAUUCAUUACUGAUAAAAUUGGCAUUGAUAUAAUGAUUACUAAUGGACUAGAUUUAUAUGACGAUAAAGUAUUUCUACCGAAUUAUUCAUUUCGUAAUGUUGAAAAUAUAUACAUGAUACCACAAGAUUUUAUUCGACUUAAACAACAAGGUCGUAUUAUAGCAAAAUCUGAUUCUAUCGACGAAAUUAUUGAUACAACAACAAUACGACUUAAAUCAGGUGAAUAUUUACAAGCGGAUAUGAUCAUAUGUGCAACCGGUUUUAUCAAUCGAUUUCCGUUCUUUUCCGAUAUGGAUGCGAAAACAUUGGGUCUACCAACGACGCAAACUUCGACAGAAUCAAAUAUUGAAACUGAUCUUUAUUUAUAUCGACGUAUCAUACCUGUUGGAGUACCUAAUGUGGCCUUUGUUGGCUAUGUAGUAUGCCUAACACAAUGGUUGGUAGCUGAAGUAGCCAGUCAUUGGAUAUCAGAAUAUUUUUUAGGACGACUUAAAUUACCUGUAUCUGAAACGGGAAUGUACAAAGAAAUCGAUGAGACAUUUACAUUUAUACAUAAAACAUUCAAUCGAAGUGGAUGUUAUUAUGCUUAUUAUUGGUUAUCACCAAUCGAAAUUUAUCUCAAUGAUAUGGGUCUAAGAUUGAAAAGAACACAUAAUUGGAUAUCAGAAUACUUUGGUAUCUAUCGGCCAGAUCGAUUCAAAGAUUUGCAUGAAGAACGACGUGCUAAAGCUGCUGGUAUCAAAUAUCAUCAUUGGUAUUUCGGUUUUCAACAUACGGUUCUUAUUCUUCUCUUCUUAUUAUUUAUCAUUUUAUUAUUAUAA